AUGGUCGUGGUACCUCUACGACUCGCAACGGUGUGCGCGUCUACUACCCGGCGGACAUCGGGACACGCUUCGGAGGACAAGCGGUCGUUCGUUUCGCCGUUGCAAACGAGAGAGAACACGUGUUGCUCGACCAGCGCCGCCACGCAGGUCGUCGUGGCGUCUUCGGACGGACGUCGGACACAUUCGUGCGAGCGCGUGUGGUCGGCUCUUUUUCUUCCCGCAGCAUACCCUGUCAUAGAUGAUUGCCCCUCAAUCCGAGCGAUCAGCCCCCGUGACAAGCCAGCGCCACCGAAGGCAAAAGUCGAACGACGUCCGACUUUGGCAGCAUUUCAUAAAACGCUCAAGCCCCAGCUCGCUCGACUGGAUGAAGCCCAGCGCGCACGGGGGGUCCGACGAGCAGGGGGGUCCGACGUCAGCGUGCGCCGCUACUUGAGCGAAGCGGCUGAGCGCGAGGUCCUGCGGCUCUUGAAUGCCCAGCUCGGCCACGAGCAGCGCGUCACGACGGACGACGUGCGCCUUGCCGUGCGCACGGUAGCCAGUGGCCGCGGUACCACGACCAUCCCGUCCGACUUUCCCCCGUCUCGCUGGGUGCUCGCGUUCAAGCGCCAGCAUGGCUUUGUGCAGCCCAAUAGCUUUACGUUUGAGGCCACGGUGGCUCGACGAGGCGGACGCGCGGGCUUUGGGCUGCCCAAGCGACUCGAGAGGACGUCGCUGCGUCCAGUACAAGCCCAAGCCCAAGCGCAAGCUCAGGCUGAGGCUGAGGCUCAAGCGCAAGCUCAGGCACACGCGCAAGCACUUGUGGCAGCACGACCCCGACCACUGCUCCGAGCAGAGCCACAUGUCGAUAGUGAGAGAGCCCCUGGUGCUGCAACAAGUAGUAGUAGCAACGACAACCACGUUUACCGCGACCACGACAUUGACGACAUUGACGACGACGACCACAGCAACUACAACUACAACGGUAGUAUGUCUAUGUGUAAUGGAGACAGCUCCAGCAUUCGUGAGGCACACGGUGAGGCGAGCAGCGACGAAGACGAGGAGGACGAGGAGCUGGACGAAGACAGCGGUGGCUCGUUGCUGCCAAUGCUGUCCGAGACAGCGAUGGCCUACUCGGGCCCUCGAGCACCAGUUGAUGGUGAGGGGCAAGCACAGCAGCCGCCGCAGCCACAAUACUUUGGUCCGUGCCAUCGAGCGUACCCUCACCAAUCGCCGCAACAGCGUCGGGCGCGGAUCGCUGAUGACUAUCCUCGUGCAGUCGUCAACGGGUGGCCGAUGCCCAGGACGAGUGAGUCUGCAGCGGCAUUGGACGAGAGACGACACCGGUUGAGUUGGGAAGACCUGAGCAGCGAGAGAGGAUCAACUGCGACGAUGAGUUACCGGAUGAACGGCGACGACGCCGACGUCGGACCUGGUAAUGGAACCGACGAGAGCUGCAUGCUGCCGCAUCUUCGACCGGGGAUCAGCGAAAGCGGUCGAAGUUUGGACGACAUGCAGGACCUGGCGUCCAACGCAUCUUCGUACAAUUGCAAGCGCAAUUACAAACUGAGCCACACCGUGCCGGCCGAGACAUGGGAAAAGGCCAUUGCCGCAGUAGAGCAGCGAGGGAUGAGUCUACGGGCCGCUGCCAAGAUGUACGGCGUGCACUUUGCAGCACUGCAUCGACGCGUGAAGAAACGGGCACAGGGUAGUCACGCCAAUGGCACUGACAGGUACUUCCAUCCCAGCGACGAGGCCGGGAUCAUGCGUGUCGUGGUAGCCCACGCAGAGCUGGGCGUGCUCAUGACAUUUGACGAGCUCAUGCGACUCGUAGAGGCUGCAGCGUUGCGUAAGUUGCCCGACAUUUCGGUGAAGUCGGCGCGGAAGCUGUUGACGCGGUUCCAGUCUCGCAACGCGCAGUCGAUCCGGCAUAUCAUUGAAGACUGGCCUCCUCCCCUGCCGGUUGUAGAUCCUAACGAAGGGAUGCCGUCGCAGCCUCAGCCGUACUUGGAGCACCCGGGCUUCACGUUCGCGUCUGAGUCUCCUCCUGCACUGCUGUCGUCCGUUGCAACUGAAUCAAGCACGGGAGCCCGAGACGGAGAUGCUGCGACUACUGCAGCAGUCGCAGCAACGUCGACUCCAAGGACGUCGGAGUCGAAAUCGACAGUGCUCGUUUCGCCCAGUCGUCGCCACGUGGUAACAAGGAGACACGAGUUGAGCCACCCGACCACCAGCAACAACGGUAGACUGCCUGGUUUGGACAACAAUUCCAAUCGUGCUCUGUCCGUAGCUCCGAGCGAGCGGAUGCGUUUUGUCAGUCCUCGCACACGCUCUCCAGGUGACAAUGAUCCCGUCUUGGUCGUCUAA